UUAAUAAUGUUUUUUUUCCCCACUUCUUUUUUCAUUUAAAUGUGCACCAAUCAGUGAACAGACGUGUGUUAUGAUAUGGACCUGGUAUACCUGGAUUCCGUAUACCGUCUUGAAAUUGAUGGCAGCAAAACAGAGAGACAGAGAAUAUAGAGACUAUGUUCUUUCUCUGUUUACGUGGAAAAUUUUCAUUUCUUAUAUACUUGAGAACUAUUGACUUUUAACCUCUCUGACAUCGACGCGAGUGUGCAUAAGAGAGAAAUAAAAGAGCCCUUUAUUUUCUCUUUCUCUCUCUCUCUCUCUCAGAUCAGUUCUGCUACCCUCACUAGUUCCACACAGGAAGAGACAGGGCUUGCACAGUCCAUAUAUACUAGACAUUAAUUGUUGGAAUACGUUGGACAGGUGUAAGAGUUCUUUUCACAAGAUUUUUUAAACCAAAGUUAAUUUAAAUAUUAAAUAUAACAUUAACUAUGGAUCAAUAUAAUUUUAAAUCUCUUAAACUUGGAUUUAUUGGAGGUGGUAAUAUGGCAAGUGCUAUUGGAGCAGGUCUUAUAUUAAAAGAUAUUAUUGAUCCUAAGAAUGUUUGGGUAUCCAGUCGCACUGAAAAAACACUUACCGCUUGGAAAGAACUUGGAACUCAUAAUACGUUUAAAAAUGGAGAAGUUGUAGAAAACAGUGACGUUGUAUUCUUAGCAGUUAAACCACAAAUGCUUAAUGAAGCUCUUGAUGGAGUUACGAAAACACUUGCAAAAAAAUGUCACAAUAAAUUAUACGUGUCUGUACUUGCUGGAAUUUCAUUAGAUACUUUAGCAGAAAAACUCGUUGCCAUUGAUUCAAACCCUAGAAUUAUCAGAUGUAUGCCAAAUAUGCCUAUGGUGAUUGGAGAAGGUAUCACAGUUUACUGUGGUAAAAACGCACUGGAGGAGGAUAUUAAAUUAAUAGGCACAUUAUUUUCAUUCAUUGGUAUUAGUCAGGAUGUCCCCGAAUCUCUGAUGAAUGCGAUUAGUGGUUUGUCGGGUUCUGGCCCAGCUUAUGCAUAUCUCAUUAUAGAAGCUAUGGCGGAUGGUGCUGUAAAAAUGGGAGUACCGAGAGCAAUGGCAAUCAAAUUUGCUGCUCAAGUACUUGUAGGAGCUGGUAAAAUGGUAUUAGAAACAGAACGACAUCCAGGUCAAUUGAAAGAUGAAGUUUGUUCUUCUGGUGGAACUACUAUUACUGGAGUUCAUGCUAUGGAAUGCGGUCAAGUUAGAGGAUCUAUGAUGAACGCUAUUGAAGCUGCUGUUAAUAAAGCCAAUGAAAUGACACACAAAAUUUAAAGAUUAAUUUAUUAUUAAAUCUAGAUAUAAUAAAAUUAUUCUUCUUAAAUUAUUAUUUAUCACAUAGAUACAUCUCGAAUAGCAAUAUUAAUAAAGUUUGGGUGUAAAUAAAUGGUGUGAAUUUGGGUGUAAAUUUCGGUAAUAAUACAUCGGGUACCGAUAUUAAUAAAGUUUAAAUAUUUACUAAGA